AUGCAUGCUGUAUAUGACCUGUAUGUGUUCUACAUGUGUGCUCUUUACGUGCUACAUGUGAACUAUGUGUGUGCUGUAUGUGUGUGCUCAGGGCUAAUUGUCUCUUCCUCCUCCAUUUUACACUCUCGCAGCCUCCUACGAGGCUAUUGCAGUGGCCGUCGUCAUCUCCAUCCUCUUGAUCCUGGCCACGGGUUCGGCUCUAACGAUGCUUCGUCUUCAUCUUCGGAAGCAUCCCCCCGCGACUUCAGUCUCGGUCAGCAGCGCAAUCCAGCGCAUGUUGCCGACCUCGAGGCCCAACUGAGGUGGCCGAGUCGCGCAGAAGUCAGCCAAACCGAAUAUACCAAUUUACAUGACAUGACCUGA